AUGGGAAGCGGUGUUGCUCUCUUUACCCUCUCCCUUCUCCUGGUGACGCAUCAGGCGCAUUCUACAAUCGGCGUGAACUGGGGAACGAUCUCGCUUCACAAGCUGAGACCUUCGACGGUGGUGGAUCUCCUCAAGGCAAACAAGAUCACCAAAGUAAAGCUCUUCGAUGCCAAUCCAGAUGCGCUUCGAGCUCUAAUGGGUACUGGAAUCCAAGUUAUGAUCGGCAUUCCCAACGAUAUGCUCUCCACUUUCAGUUCUGAUCUCUUUGUCCAGCAGAAUAUCUCUCGCUUCAUGGGCAAAGGCGGCGCUGAUAUCAGGUAUGUCGCAGUAGGGAAUGAGCCGUUUUUGACGGGUUACGGUGGGCAGUUUCAGAGCUAUGUUGUCCCAGCUAUGCUUAACCUGCAACAAUCCUUGGUUAAAGCAAAUCUAGCUAGCUAUGUGAAUGUUGUGGUUCCUUGCAACGCAGACGCGUAUGAGUCUAAUGUACCCUCCCAAGGGAUCUUCAGGCCUGAGCUCACACAGAUCAUGACUCAACUGGUUUCGUUCCUCAACUCCAAUGGCUCUCCUUUCGUUGUCAAUAUCUAUCCUUUCCUUAGUCUCUACGGGAACUCUGAUUUCCCGCAAGACUAUGCGUUUUUCCAAGGAAGUAGCCAUCCUGUUCUCGAUGGCCCUAACGCCUACUAUAAUGCCUUGGAUGGCAACUUUGACACUCUUGUUGCUGCUCUCACCAAGCUUGGAUAUGGUCAAAUGCCUAUAGUUAUUGGUGAGAUUGGUUGGCCUACAGAUGGAGCAGUUGGUGCUAACCUCACGGCAGCGCGGGUUUUCAACCAAGGGCUCGUUAACCAUUUGUUGAGCAACAAAGGAACACCGCUCAGGCCUGGCUCCCCUCCUGAGGAUGUCUAUCUUUUCGGUUUGCUUGACGAAGGAGCCAAGAGCACACUGCCUGGUAACUUUGAGAGGCACUGGGGAAUCUUCUCCUUCGAUGGACAGGCCAAGUACCGUCUCAACUUAGGACUAGGCAACAGAGAGCUCAAGAAUGCCAAAAAUGUGCACUACCUCCCUUCCAGGUGGUGUGUGGCUCACCCAUCAAGGGACAUGGCCCAAGUCGCAGACCACUUGAGGCUUGCUUGCAGUCAAGCAGAUUGCACGACGCUCAACGACGGUGGCUCCUGCAGCCAGCUUGGUGAAAAGGAGAAUAUCUCGUACGCUUUCAACAGCUAUUAUCAGCUGCAGCUGCAGCACGAAAAGAGCUGCGACUUUGACGGACUUGGCAUGGUCACCUUCCUUGAUCCUUCAGUUGGGGACUGUAGAUUUCUUGUGGGCGUUACAGAUAAAGACUUGUCCUCUCGUGCUGAGCCAAUGGUCAGGUGGUCUAUCUACCACGUUUGCAUUGGAGUGGUGGUAUGGGCUCUCACAAGGUAA